UAUGAAACUGGAAAGAACACCAACCCUAAAUUUCAUUUCAGAGUUUCUGGGUGUAGAUCGGAACCUGAGGUUAAAAGAUAAGCCAAGACUCAAGAGAUAGAACUACAAGACAACAAGCUCUGAUCUUUCUCUCUUCUCUCUCUCUCUCUCUCUCUCUCUCUCUCUCUCCUCCAUAUCUCUUUAGGGUUUUCCAACUGAGUGAGUAUCUAACUUUCUCUUGUUUUUUCACAUAUUUGGUUACAGUUUGGUACUGACCUAGAAAAGGAGGAUUAUUUGUACCAAAGAUAGAGAGAGAAGAACAAGAAAGGGAAAGAAAAUAUUGCCAAGAUCAAAACUUUUGGUGAUUAGAUACACAAAAUUAAGAAAUAUAUAUAUUAAAAAAAGGGAAAGAAAAAUAAUUAAGGGGUUUGUGGGUGUUUGGUGUGCGGGGGUGGUUUUUGGGUGGAUAAUAUUUUUAGUAAUUAAGGACAUGGGGAGAGGAAGAGUGGAGCUGAAGAGGAUAGAGAACAAGAUAAACAGGCAAGUCACAUUUGCAAAGAGAAGAAAUGGGCUUCUGAAGAAAGCUUAUGAGCUCUCCGUUCUCUGUGAUGCUGAGGUUGCUCUCAUCGUCUUUUCCAACCGUGGCAAGCUUUAUGAGUUUUGUAGCAGCCCUAGCAUUCUCAAAACCCUAGACAGGUACCAAAAGUGCAGUUAUGGUGCGGUGGAUCAAGUCAACAUACCUGCAAAGGAACUUGAGAGCAGCUGUCGUGAGUACAUGAAACUCAAAGGUAGAUGUGAGUCCCUACAACGAACUCAGAGAAAUCUUCUUGGUGAGGACUUGGGUCCAUUAAACACAAAGGAGCUUGAGCAGCUUGAGCGCCAACUUGAGGCCUCCUUGAAGCAAGUUAGGUCCACUAAGACCCAGUAUCUGCUGGACCAACUUUCUGACCUUCAGAACAAGGAACAACUGUUAAUCGAAGCCAACAGGGAUUUGACAAUGAAGUUGGAUGAAAUUGGUUCAAGAAAUCAACUUAGACAGUCAUGGGAAGGAGGUGACCAGGGUAUGGCAUAUGGAACCCAGCAUCACCAUGCUCAAUCCCAAGGGUUCUUCCAGCCUUUAGAUUGCAAUCCCACUUUGCAAAUAGGGUAUCCCGCAGAGGGGUCAGAGCAGAUGGGUGCCACAACUCAUGCCCAACAAGUGAACUGUUUCAUCCCUGGAUGGAUGCUUUGAGAUUAUGCUGCUGAUGAAUCUGAUCAGUGCCUCUAAUCAGUCAUAAAAAAGCAUAUACCCAAGUUUGUGCUUUUUUUUUUCUUUUUUUUUUCUUUUUUUCUGGCAAUAUAUAAAUUGCAUGUAACUUAAUUUCACGUAAAAUCAGCAGUGACUGAAUUUCAAGGGGACCUUUCAAAGGCCUAAAGUCCUUUUAACU